UCAUGACUUGAUGGUGUCCCGCUGACAGUUUUUCCUCAAAUGGUAGGCAAUUCAUGCGACACUUAGACACUGAAGAAGUCACUCCUUUUCCUCUAGGAUUUGAAGUGCCCUCCUUGUCACUAAAUAAACUCACCUGGAUUUUUAAACAACGCAUAUUUGCAGACCCCUCCCCAGGAUCAGAACCUCUGGGAGUGGGACUCCAACUGUAUUUGGAAAUCAAUGCCUUCGAGCCUUGCCUCCCAGGCUGGCCCGACAGCCAGCCGCACUGGCACCCCUGGGGAGCUUGGUGGAAAUUAAAAUUCUUGGUAGCCACUCCAGACACGCUGAAUCAGACUCCGAGUGGGGCCCAGCAAUGUGUGUCUCCGCCAGGCCUCCGUUCCAUUCUGACGUUGGCUCCAGUUUUCCAGUCACUAACCGAAGGCAACAUGCAAGGGGGCACUGGGAGCUGGCCGCAGAACAGAGGGUGGAGCCCGCUCAGCAAUUAGUGAGCCGAGGACCCCGUGUGUCUGGUCAGCCCGGCCCGGAUGCAGAGGAAGAGGCCAGUGGUGCUGUGAGCCGGCCUGGCCGCGGAGCGGUGCGGGCCCCGUGUGGCCCACGCGGCUGCCUGCUGAGGGGGCCCCUGCCCAGCCCCGCCUGCCAGACUCCGAGAGGCCGGAGGCCUAGGCCCACCAGGGAGGGUGUCUACAGACAGAUGCUCCCCAGGCCGUGGGGUCUCCUGAGGGCACUGCCGGGCGGGUGGGCCUCGGGGGGAAGAUGCCGGCCAAGGGGCGCUACUUCCUUAACGAGGGCGAGGAGGGCCCGAACCAGGACGUGCUCUACGAGAAGUACCGUCUCACCAGUCAGCACGGGCCGCUGCUGCUCACGCUCCUGUUGGUGGCUGUCACUGCCUGCGUCGCCCUCAUCGUCAUCGCCUUCGUCUGCGGGGACCCCUCUGGACACCAGACUGUCCUGGGGACGACCUUCUUCACACUUGCUGUGUUUGUGGUUCUCUACGUGCUGGUCUAUGUUGAGUGCCUCGUCCGGCGGUGGCUCAGGGCCUCGGCGCUGCUCAUCUGGGUCUGCCUUAUGAUGCUGGGCUAUGUGCUGGUGUUCGACUCAUGGAUAAAGACAACCCACAUGGGGGCACAGGUGCCCUUCUUCCUCUUCAUUGUGUUCGUGGUGUACACGCUGCUGCCCUUCAGCAUGCAGGGGGCCGUCGUGGCGGGGGCAGUCUCCAGCAUCUCCCACCUCCUCGUUAUCGGGACUCUGAUGGAGGCCUUCACGACGCCCAGUGUCCAUGCAGGGCUUCAGCUGCUGGCCAACGCUGUCAUCUUCCUGUGUGGGAAUCUCACGGGCGCCUUCCACAAGCACCAGAUGCAGGACGCCUCCCGAGACCUCUUCACCUACACCGUCAAGUGCAUCCAGAUCCGUCGUAAACUGCGCGUCAAGAAGCGUCAGCAGGAGAACCUGCUGCUGUCGGUGCUGCCCGCCCACAUCUCCAUGGGCAUGAAGCUGGCCAUCAUCGAGCGGCUCAAGGAGCGCGGGGACCGCCGCUACAUGCCCGACAACAACUUCCACAGCCUGUACGUCAAGCGGCACCAGAACGUCAGCAUCCUCUAUGCCGACAUCGUGGGCUUCACACGGCUGGCCAGCGACUGCUCCCCCAAAGAGUUGGUGGUGAUGCUGAACGAGCUCUUCGGCAAGUUCGACCAGAUCGCCAAGGCCAAUGAGUGUAUGCGGAUCAAGAUCCUGGGCGACUGCUAUUACUGUGUGUCGGGCCUGCCCGUAUCCCUGCCCACCCAUGCCCGGAACUGUGUGAAGAUGGGGCUGGACAUGUGUGAGGCCAUUAAGCAGGUGCGAGAGGCCACAGGUGUGGACAUCAGCAUGCGUGUGGGCAUCCACUCGGGGAACGUGCUGUGUGGUGUCAUUGGGCUGCGCAAGUGGCAGUACGACGUGUGGUCCCACGACGUGUCUCUGGCCAACAGGAUGGAGGCGGCUGGAGUCCCUGGCCGGGUGCACAUCACAGAGGCCACGCUGAACCACCUGGACAAGGCGUAUGAGGUGGAGGACGGGCACGGGCAGCAGCGGGACCCCCACCUGAAGGAGAUGAACAUCCACACCUACCUGGUCAUCGACCCCCGGAGCCAGCAGCCGCCCCCGCCCAGCCAGCACCUCCCCAAGCCCAAGGGGGAUGUGGCCCUGAAGAUGAGGGCGUCCGUGCGCAUGACCCGCUACCUCGAGUCCUGGGGGGCCGCACGGCCCUUUGCACACCUCAACCACCGCGAGAGCGUGAGCAGCAACGAGACCCCUAUCCCCAACGGACGGAGGCCCAAGGCCAUUCCCCUGCGGCGCCACCGGGCCCCUGACAGGAGUGCAUCCCCCAAGGGGAGGUCUGAGGACGACUCCUACGAUGAGGAGAUCCUCUCGGCCAUCGAGGGGCUUAGCUCCACGAGGCCCUGCUGCUCCAAGUCUGAUGACUUCUACACCUUUGGGUCCAUCUUCCUGGAGAAGGGCUUUGAGCGAGAGUACCGCCUGGCGCCCAUCCCCCGGGUCCGCCACUAUUUCGCCUGCGCCAGCCUCGUCUUCGUCUGCAUCCUGCUCGUUCACGUCCUGCUCUUGCCCAGGAUGGCGGCCCUGGGUGUGUCCUUCGGGCUGGUGGCCUGUGUGCUGGGGCUGGUGCUAGGCCUGUGCUUUGCCCACGAGUUCCUGAGGUGCUGCCCUGCCCGAGGGACACUGCAGGCCAUCUCCGAGAGGGUGGAGACCCAGCCCCUGCUGCGGCUGUCCCUGGCCAUCCUGACCAUUGGCAGUCUGCUCAGCAUCGCCAUCGUCAACCUGCCGCUGAUGCCUUUCCCGGCCCUGAGGCAGCCUGCAGGCAACCAGAGCUUGGCGGAUGGAGAUGUGAGCAGCAGGGAGCUGGCCCCGUGCAAGCUCCUCCCGUAUUACACCUGCAGCUGCAUCCUGGCCUUUGUCGCCUGCUCCGUCUUCCUGCGGAUGAGCCUGGAGCUGAAGGUGGUGCUGCUGACGGUGGCCCUGGUGGCCUACCUGGUGCUCUUCAACAUCUCCCCGUGCUGGCAGUGGGACUGCUGCAGCCACAGCCUGGCCAACCUCACCAAGACCAACGGCACCCUCAGCAGCUCCCCGUUCUGUCUGUGGAAGGACCCGAAGGCAAUGAUCAAUUUCUACCUGGUUUUGUUUUACGUCACCCUCAUCAUGCUCUCCAGACAGAUUGACUAUUACUGCCGCUUGGAUUGCUUGUGGAAGAAGAAGUUCAAAAAGGAACACGAGGAGUUUGAAACCAUGGAGAACGUGAACCGCCUCCUUCUGGAGAACGUCUUGCCAGCCCACGUGGCCGCACACUUCAUUGGUGACAAGUUAAAUGAGGACUGGUACCAUCAGUCCUACGACUGCGUGUGUGUCAUGUUUGCGUCGGUGCCGGACUUCAAAGUCUUCUACACGGAGUGCGACGUCAACAAGGAGGGGCUGGAGUGCCUGCGUCUGCUGAACGAGAUCAUCUCCGACUUCGACGAGGACCUGGAGCGGCAGCACGCGCACAUCGGCAUCAUGGUGGAGUUCAGCAUCGCCCUGAUGAGCAAGCUGGACGGCAUCAACCGGCACUCCUUCAACUCCUUCCGCCUGCGAGUCGGCAUAAACCACGGGCCUGUGAUCGCUGGAGUGAUCGGGGCACGAAAGCCUCAGUAUGAUAUCUGGGGAAACACGGUCAACGUCGCCAGCCGAAUGGAGAGCACCGGAGAACUUGGCAAGAUCCAGGUUACUGAGGAGACCUGCACCAUCCUCCAGGGACUAGGUUAUUCUUGCGAGUGCCGGGGACUGAUUAACGUCAAAGGCAAAGGCGAGCUGAGGACUUACUUUGUCUGCACAGACACGGCAAAGUUCCAAGGGUUGGGACUGAAUUGAGGGCUUCUGGGAGGUGAACAUGCUGGAAGUGGAUUUUCCGUCCCUGAAGCAAGCCACAGGGAGCACUCGGCCCUACGCCAGUCACAGAGGCAUUCCAGGGGUUUGGCCAUCACUACCCUGACAAGGUGGCUGUGUGUGGCCUCCUUGGACUUGUGCUAGAGGAUUUCUCGGAACGUGCACCAGACUCCAGCCCGAGGCUACCACCGAGCCUCGCCACGCACAGGCAGCUGGGACAUGUGGAUCCCCUGGGUACUGUGGAGAUCUCAGAGGGGGAGCCAGACACACAACUGGCCAUGGCCUGCCAGCCGCACGGGUGGGACUGGUCUUUUCUAGGUACAGAACCACGACGAGCUGUCCGGGAUGGGUUGGGCACGCCUUUCUCCCAGUGGAGCAGCAACAGGGCUGUAUGUUUCUCACACAGGCACCCCGGUAAACAGAGCUGAAAAUGUGGUUUUCCAUCUAUGAUUUCACACAGUAGGGAGAGAACAGCACAACAGAGGCUUGUUACUUGUCCUCUCUGGCAGGUGUUUGAUUUAAAUGGGUAUAAGAUUAGUGGAGUUUUACCCUUUCUAAUGACUUCUUAGAUGCCAGACAAAAAUCUCUUCCCUCCAGUGUGUUGUCUUUUUAACCACGUCCGCUGACGAUUUAGCCCCGCUGGGGCUGAGGAACACGGCUGUCACACAGCAAGAAGGCAAGGAGUGGCACAGCCCGGAAAGAAAGGCACGGCCUCUCAGCCCUUCCCUGACCACCGUGUGUACUUGGCGCCCUCCUGCUAUCUUCACAUCUCAGUUCCUGUCCUGGAAAGGAAGGGGGUCUGUGGAGACAGAAGGCAGACAACCUGCAGUGCUCCCUUUCUCUUCUUUAGUCCUCACAGCUCACUCGUAGAGCUUCAAGACGAAAAGCAUGUCCUCCCCAAGUGUGCAGAAGAGGUUCCCGGAUCUGGGAAGCCAGCCCGCUCAGAGCUGCGGAGACAGACUUGUUCCAAACGGGAGGAAUCAAAUCAAGUGCAAAAAGCCAGGUUUGCGAGAGGCGUCUUACGGUGCUGCAAGUCUAAGAGAAUCAGAAGUCAGCCUUCGCUGCGUUUCAAGGUUGAGGAGGAGCCAAACUGCUCAUUCCUGUUUCUGAAUCAGUUUCACCGCUGCAUCCCCAGAGCACACCUGGGGCUCUAACAUGGCUGAAGAUCACUACAGAGCAGGGAUUCCCAGCUGGAGUCCUCCAGGAACCCCCCGCAAGUACAGGAAACCUGGCCCAUGGGAGACUUCAAAGGCUUACCCGGGGUUGCAGCCAAGGGCAGGGAGGACUGGACCUGAAGCCACUGUCCGCCGUCUGCCUGGGACGUGUCCACGGGCUUAUGAGGCUCAGAAGGGGCUUCUCCGGUUCGCAGAGGUGCUGGGGGCGCUAGUGCAGCUCUGAGGCCCGCAUGUAACCAGAAUAGAGGCGAACGAAGUAUAAGAACUUGCUGGAUAAAGGAAUUUUGUGGCGAAAAUUCUGUUAAGGGGAAUAACCUUAAACUGUUUUAUGCACCGACUUUCCAUAUAAAGGGCUGGUUUCAGGGGGCACUACACUGAAAUGCGUCUACUUAACUCAGCAGUGACCAGGGCUGCUCAACAGGGCUCUCCUGGAGUGUCAGGGAGGUUCUGUCACUGAUGCGAUAUAGACACACACAGCCGUGUUGGGCCUCUCUGAGGUGGACAUAUUGCUACUCUUGCAAUAUUCGAAUUACUUUUCUCUUCCAGCACCAGAAAUCCCAAUUAGGAGUUUAAAAAGUAGUUACCAUAGAUUUUUAUUUCCAGUUCAAGCACUGCGCUCAGAUAAAAAUAUUUUGUAAGUUUUUAGUUUUUCAUGUGCAGACCCUAGUGCAUAACUGACCAUAAAAAGCACAUAGUUUUGAUUUGCCUGUUUUCUGAUCCCUGAGCCCUUUCUUCACAGGUGCCAUUCUGUCUUAGGACAAGCGUCUUUGCUAACACUGACCUUUUCUAAGGGUCAAGGGCUUGCUUAAAGGUGGCCUCCCUGACUCUAGUGACAAUCGCACCUGAAGUUCUCUGGUUUACUCAUUAAGAAAAUUUCCUAAUAGAGAAGAAGAUCAUUAACCAGCUUCUACACUGUGUAUAUAACAGGUCAACAUACAGAAACAGGUUUUGAGAAGGUGCAAACAACUAGGAAUUACUCUGUAUCCUGAAUAUUUAUAUAUCUGUAACGUUUGUUUCAAAAUGUAUUUUCAUAAAGUACCAGUGUUUCUACUUUGUUUAGCAUUUCAUUCAUUAAAUUAGCAAUCUGGAAAACGUGAA